CCGAGUAUCAGCCAUCAAGGCGGAGUUUGAGGUCCUCAAAGUUCUCUUUCCGCCGUGCCCGCCAUCUUGUUGAGACCGGGGUAAUCAGGCAUCAUGACGAACACCAGAGGCAAGAGGAGGGGGACCAGGUACAUGUUCAGCAGGCCAUUCCGCAAGCAUGGCCCCAUUCCCCUGUCUACUUACAUGCGCAUCUACAAGAAGGGCGACAUUGUUGACAUCAAGGGCACAGGUACCAUUCAGAAGGGGAUGCCGCACAAAUGCUACCACGGCAAGACCGGGCGCGUCUACAACGUCACCCAACAUGCUGUCGGGGUCAUUGUCAACAAGCAGGUCAAGGGCAAGAUCCUGGCCAAGAAGAUCAACGUGCGCAUUGAGCAUGUCAAACACUCAAUGAGCCGCGCCAGCUUCCUGAAGCGUGUCAAAGACAAUGACUGCAAGAAACUGGAGGCCAAGCAGAAGGGCACCUGGGUGGAGGUCAAGCGCCAGCCUGCUCCUCCCCGCGAGGCUCAUUUUGUCAGCACCAAGAAGAACCAGCCUCAGCUGCUCGAGCCCAUCCCCUAUGAGUUCAUGGCAUAAAGUGGAGGUUAAAAUAAAAAUGUUUGUACACAA